AUGGCUGUCACACAUCAAAAAAUCCAAGCGGCGUCGGCUCCGGAUGAAUUUUCUCUCUGGUAUGAACCUCUUCCUCUUUUUUGUCUCCCUACGCCGCCGAUCGGUCUCCUUCAAUCAUCUUCUUCCUCUGUUUGCUUUCCUUCUCUGGUUGGGAGAGAGCUGUUAAGAUGUAGAUCUGGCGGUGGCCGACUUCGUUUGUCGGGUAGAGAAGUUAGGAGAGGCGAUGAUCAGGUCUCUAGGGAGGAGCACGACGCUGCUGCUGUUGAGCAAAGGAAGAAGGAGUGGUGGACCGAUCUGGUGUCUUUAAAGCCUGAAUAUUUUGAGGGGAUGCGUUUUGAUUUUACCAAAGGACUGAAUCAGAAAUUUUCACUUAGUCACAGUGUAAUGAUGGGGCCAAUGGAAAUUCCUUCUCAAUCUUCAGAAGCCAUCAAAAUCCCGAUUGCUCACUAAGAGUUUGGUGCUAACUUUAUAGACCAAAGGACAAUGCUUAUUGGGAGGGUGUUGACUGAUGGGAGACUAAAUGCAAGAGUGAAGUGUGAUUUGAUUGAUGAUCUUGCCCUGAAGGCUAAUGCUCAGCUCACAAACGAGCCUCACAUGUCUCAUGUCAUGUUGAAUUUUGAUUACAAGGGUAAAGACUACAGGAGCCAGUUGCAAAUAGGAAAUGGUGCCUUAUUUGGUGCUAGUUACAUUCAGAGUGUGACCCCUCACCUGUCCUUGGGCGCUGAAGUAAUUUGGGCUGGUCAGCAUCGGAAGUCUGGUGUUGGAUAUGCUGGACGGUACGAGACAGACAAGAUGGUUGCUGCAGGGCAAGUUGCCAGCACUGGAUUGAUGGCUUUGAGUUAUGUGCAGAAGGUUUCUGAGAAGGUUUCACUAGCAACAGACUUCAUGUAUAAUUACUUAUCAAGAGAUGUGACAGUUAGUGUUGGUUAUGAUUAUGCCCUCAGACAAGCUCGUCUGAGAGGAAAGAUAGAUUCCAGUGGGUGCACUUCUGCCUUCUUGGAAGAACGCUUGAAUAUGGGUCUCAAUUUUAUUCUUUCUGCAGAGUUGGAUCAUAAGAAAAAGGAUUACAAAUUUGGAUUUGGGUUGACAGUGGGCUAAUUUAAAGAACUGAAGUCAUCCGACCUUGUAUCAUCAAAUUUCACGUAAAACUUUUUUUUCACUUCUAACUGUUUUGAGCAAACAUUAUUUGUGCAGCUGCAGCUGCGGAACAGGUUUAGCUGCAAGUAUUCAUUGGUUUGGUGGUUUGAAUGGUAUAAUUUUUGCCUGCACUUGUAUAGCUGAACAUGCCAUCUUGAAUUCCUCGUCUAAUUUGGCUCAA